AUGGAGUCCCCCAGAUCCACCGAUACGCGCUCACAAAAAAGUCGUGCCUCCGACGGUUUAUUGCGUUUAAUGCCCCUGGGUGGAUCUAUCACUCGGGGCGUUGGCUCGUCUCAUGGAGCUGGCUAUAGGAAACCGCUCUUAGAAUUACUCAAAGACCAGGGGAUAAAUUCCUGUAUGGUGGGCUCGCGCAAGGAUGGCUCUAUCCCCAACAACGAGCACGAAGGCUGGCGUGGCUUUCGAAUCGACGAGAUUCAAAAGAAAGCCAAGAAGUCAGUGAAAUUUUUAUCACCAGAUAUCUUGAUGGUCAAUGCCGGCUCCAAUGAUUGUAUCCAGUCCUUCAACACCGCAGAGGCUGGAAGGCGUAUGGGUGAGAUGCUCGAUUAUCUUUGGCUAGCAUGCCCUCAAUCCACGAUCCUGCUUUCUACUCUAAUUCCCAACAUGGACCGACAGGUGGAUUUGGUGGUGAUGGAUUUGAAUGAUCAGUUUCGUGCAUUGGCAGAGAAGAAGAAUAUUGGACAAAAGAAAAUUUUGCUGAUUGACAUGCACUCAUCGGAAGGGCCCGGUGCCCACGAGCUUGUCGACGGUAUACACCCUAAUGACGAGGGAUAUGAGAAAAUGGCCGAAUUAUGGUUUCGUGGCAUACAGGAGACCAUUGAAAAAGGGUUUAUUGAUCGAUAA